AUGAUGCAACCAGAGAAAGGCUUCCAGGGUUUUGGCUCUAAACGUAAGCAAAAUUCUUUUGCCUAUGACGUCCAGCGAGAUGUGUACAAUGAGGAGACCUUUCAACAAGACCACAGGAGGAAGAGCGUUUCCUCUGGGAACUUGGAUAUUGACAUCACUACCUUCAGACACCACAUCCAGUGCCGCUGCUCAUGGCACAAGUUCCUAAGAUGCAUGCUAACGAUCUUUCCCUUCCUGGAGUGGAUGUGUUUGUACCGAUUCAAGGAUUGGCUUCUCGGAGACCUACUUGCCGGUAUAAGUGUUGGCCUUGUGCAAGUUCCCCAAGCCCUGACGUUUAGUUUGCUGGCAAGGCAGCUGAUUCCUCCUCUCAAUGUCUGUUACGCAGCUUUCUGUUCUUCAGUAAUUUAUGUCAUUUUUGGAUCGUGUCAUCAAAUGUCCAUUGGUUCCUACUUCCUUGUGAGUGCUCUGAUGAUCAAUGUCCUGAGAUUGUACCCGUUCAACAGUGGCCACCUGAUUCUGGGGGCUUUCAUCAAGGAUGACUUUUCUAAGCCCUCCUUCUUUGAGGACUAUAAUAGAUCCUUGAGUGUGGUGGCAUCCACAACUUUUCUGACUGGGAUUAUUCAGAUUCUUGGCUUCACUGCAUUUGCAAACAAGAUAAGCAUAGCCACAGAAACCAGCAGGAUGCUCAUCGAUAUGAUUCCUUAUAGCUUCCUGUUUCCUGUGAUGCCAGAUUUGAACAUUCUUCCUGAAUUAAUUUUAGAAGCCUUCUCCUUAGCUUUAGUGAGCUCCUCUCUGCUGGUAUUUGUGGGCAAGAAGGUUGCCAGUCGCCAUAACUACCGUGUUAAUUCCAACCAGGAUUUAAUAGCCAUCGGCCUCUGCAAUGUCGUCAGCUCAUUUUUCAGAUCUUGCGUGUUUACUGGUGCUGUUGUCAGGACUAUUAUCCAAGAUAAGUCUGGAGGAAGACAACAGUUUGCAUCUCUGGUAGGCGCUGGUGUGAUGUUGCUCCUGAUGGUCAAAGUGGGACCCUUUUUCUACGAACUGCCAAAUGCUGUGCUGGCUGGUAUUAUUCUGAGCAACAUCUUCCCCUACCUUGAAACCAUUUACAACGUACCCAAUCUGUGGAGGCAGAACCAGUAUGACUGUAUUAUCUGGAUGGUUACUUUCGUAUCUGCGAUUUUCCUGGGACUGGAUGUGGGACUACUCUUUUCACUAGCCUUUGCCUUCUUCAUCGUCGCUGUUCGGUCACACAGAACUAAGAUUUUCCUCCUGGGUCAGAUCCCUAACACCAACAUCUAUAGAAGCUUCAAUGACUAUCGGGAGGUUAAAAACAUUCCUGGGGUGAAAAUCUUCCAGUGCCGCAACUCCAUUACAUUCGUCAAUGUUGAUCAGCUAAAGCACAAGCUAUUAAAAGAGGUUGAAAUGGUAGGGGUGCCUCUUAAAGAAGAAGAAGUGUUCCACCUGUUUAAUCAAAAUGAAGACAGCUCACAGGAAGAAAAGAUCUGUCAGUGUUUCUGCAACUGUGACGAACAGGAGCCACCACCCAGGGUUGUCUACGCAGAACGAUUUGAAAGUAGACAGGACCGCGACUCAUCCUCCAUUAACCUGAUCCGCUGCUCGCAUUUCGACAGCAUGAACAUGUGCCAAUCCGUGUCCCAUGAGGAAGUACCGUACAGCGUAUCUUCCACGACUUACAGAAAUCAAGGGCAAAGCUACGAGGACGUGGACAAAGUUUGGGUUUCUAAUGACCCCCGUAGAAACAGCUUGAUGCCACUGCCUGACGCUGUGGAAACCCAAGAGAGGAACAGGUCACUCCUUCCCUUCUCGGAUACCUCUCAUCUACCCAGCAUCCACACCAUUAUCCUGGAUUUCUCCAUGGUACAUUUCGUGGAUUCACGGGCUUCAGUGUCCUUAAGACAAAUGUGCAACGCUUUCCAAAAUGCCAACAUUUUGGUGCUCUUUUCAGGGUGUCACACUUCUGUGGUCAAGGCAUUUGAGAAGAAUGAUUUCUUUGACGCUGGCAUCACCAAGGCCCAGCUCUUCCUCACCCUCCACGAUGCCGUGCUAUUUGCCUUGUCAAGGAAGUUUCCAGAGUCCUCCGAGUUAAGCGUGGAUGAAUCCGAGACAGUGAUACAGGAAGCCUACUCAGAAAGAGACAAGAAUGGAGAGCCAAGACAUGAAAUGACCGGCAAUCUUCUAGAAGUCUCUAAAAACGCAAAUCCAGACUACAUCAUGAUGCAGGAACCGAUAACAAAGGAGGAGUUGGAGCUAGACCUGGAGCUGGAGCCCACAGUGGAAUCAGAACAAGAGACUGGACUAGAUCUCGAGCUGGACCUGACUCAUGGGAUGGAGCCUGAGUCAGAGCUAGAGCCUGAAUCUGAGCUAGAGCCUGAGUUAGAGCCUGAGUUGGAGCCUGAGCCCGAGCCCGAGGCUGAGCUCGAGGCUGAGCUCAAACCCAGGCCAAGGGCUCACACUUAUCCUUGGCAGCAGUACUGGUCUCUGUAUCCGUCUACACUUCCCAGAUCUCCAGUUCAGGCUCGGCGUGGGACACCGUCAGUUGAGAGGAGGCGUCAACAUAUGAAUUUAUAUUCACCCAAGGACAAUAAUACUGAAGACUGUUAG